AUGGUAUCAAAGAAGCGAAAAAGUCGCAAGGGGACUCGUCAACAAGGGCCGCAAAAGACAUCUACCCGCGAUUCUCAGUCACACAACACCGAUGAUGCAAACGAUGACCAUCAGACCAUCAAGGCCAGCCAGGAGGAAAGAGACGAGAUGGGCCGCGAGACUGACCAUGUGGAAGACGAAGACGAAGACGAAUUUGAGGUAGCCUCUCUUUACCCGGCCAGCCAGCUUCCCCGCGGCGCAAUGAGCACCUAUAGAUUAGGAGGCGGCCAAUUUGUGACGGGGGAUUCGCAAGCGAUGGGUUCAGACCUAGCGUCAACUCGGUCUCUAUGGACCAUGGACCUAGACUAUCGUGAGCUCCAUGGCCGUAGGUAUUGUCGCGAUUAUUUCAUGCCAAACGAUGAGCUUGAGCAGCUGCGUGUGACUUUGCUGCAUCAGGUUUUCCUCCACAUUUUCGAUGGAGAACUAACUCUUGCCCCGCUUGAGGAGCCGCCGACGCAUAUUCUUGAUGUUGGGACCGGCACUGGAGAUUGGGCCAUCAGGAUGGCCGAGAUGUUUCCGGAAUGCGAAGUUGUAGGCACCGACAUAUCCGCCAUUGCGGAGACCGAGAGCGUCCCCGUCAAUGUGUUUUUCGAAAUCGAGGAUGCUGAAGACUGGGACCGGCCGCCGGACCACUAUGACAUGAUCCACAUGCGCUGGCUGGCGGGGUCAUUCCGCGAUUGGGGUUUCGUUUACGACUGCGCCUACUAUUCGCUGAAGCCCGGAGGUUGGAUAGAGGUGAUUGACUUUGACGGGUUUGAUGGCCUUGUUUGUAUCGACCACUUCCCGCCCGAAUCCCCCAUCCAUACGCUGGUCAAGGAUAUCCACGAAGCUGCGGAGCUGGCAGGACGAAAGCUGUCCAUGGAUCACCUGGAUGCGGGGCAUCUCAUAGACGCGGGCUUCGUGGAUGUUAGAGUGAUGGAAUAUUCGCUUCCCAUGGUGUUUGGUGAGCCGUCGGUCGACAGGCUUUGGUUAAUGGCUCUGAUAGAUGGCGUUGAGCCCUCAGCUUUGCGUCUUCUCACCGAACACAUGGGGUGGGACCCCGAGGAGUGCAAGGCCGUCUGCGAGCAGGUAGCUAGGGAAAUGGCUAAUCUAUCGAGAAAUGCCGCCGCAAAGGAUCUUGUUAUCAAGCUUCGCCUCGUCAUAGCGCGGAAACCUCUUCAAGCACCCAGAACAAAUGCCGCUUGGCCGGCAGAAGAGCCCCUUAGCUUGCGGCCUCGGAAGGAGGGAGGAACUCCGGAGCCUGAGUCUAGACAGGGCGAGGUGACUCAACCAGGUGACGACCUAACAGGGCUUCGUCCUUUGCGCGAUGCCAUACCGAUUGGUACAAAUUGA